AUGGGUGCUGAACCAAGGAACAGCGAAGUUUCUUUUUGUCCGGUUUGCGAACGUAAAUACUCUGCAAAAGACGCAGCAGAACGGAGGAGCCAACUGCGGGCCGCCUCGCGCCGUCGCCGGUUAUGCUUCACGGCGAUACACCUCCACACCAUAAGCUUUACACCCUCAUGUCACUCCACGUCGGCUUCAUGCCCAACACUCGCCAACGGUACAAAGCGCCGUUGCGGAUACCCGCCAGCGGGCUUCAGCGGCAUUGCCAGUUGGGAAGCCGAGCCCGGCGCCGGCAACAGAAUAGAGGACGAAAAUGUCCGUGUGGGCAGCGCACGUGCCCUGGCCCGGGGCAGGCCGCCGCUGCUAUCCCCGGAGCGGGGGCAGCCGUUAAUUGAGACGCCUUUGGUGAACAGCGGGCCGCUUGCAGUGGCUGCAGCCGCCGAUGGCGCGGCCGCCAUAGGACCCGCCAAGAACGGCCGGCCGCCCGCGAAGACAGGGGAGCUGGUGGCAGAGGCAGCGUUGCUGCUGGAUGCACAUACAGGCCACAAGUCCAUCUCGUCCGUCACCCAUGACGGCAGUGCCUGGGUCCUGGAUGACGGUCGCGGACCCAGCGGGUUGUUGGAGCUGCUCCGCCGUACCGACUGCAAGCUGCCGUCACCGCCGCCGCCGCCAGCGACUACAGGCAGGCUGCCUGAGCAUCCAGUCGGCGCCGGAGAACACUCAGGACCGGCAGUCCUUGCUGUUGCUGUGCCAGUGGUGACGCUGGUGGUGGUGAAGGCUGUUGUGGGUGCUGGCGCCCUGUCUCGAGGGUUGGUCGACGUUUCAGGGCGGCGGACGGCCGCGCUAGUCAGCCACUUCUACCUGAACCACCAAAUAGACGGCAGUCCGCUAGUCAGCCAGCAAGCCUGA